GCCUCUGGUGUCGUCUAUAGUGGCUACGAGCUAGCCACUGGUCGGUUGGUGGCUAUCAAGCAGAUGAACCUUGCUCAGCAGCCAAAAAAAGAUCUGAUAAUCAAUGAGAUUCUUGUGAUGAAGGCCAAUCGGCAAGCGAACAUCGUCAACUACCUUGACAGCUAUUUAGUAUCUACAGCCGCGGCUCUAGAACACGUUCAGAACCAACCUUCUCCGGUAAGUGCAGCAAUUAUCCAGCCAAUGCCCGCCACGACUACUAUCGCUACAGGAUUGGAAACAACAGAACGACAGCAAGCACAGAUAUCAAAUGGGAGCUUAUCUUCUCAAAAUCAUCAGGUUGUUCUUCACAAAAGCACUUUUUCAAUAUCUCGUUUUAGCUUUUCUUUAAUACACAUCUUCUCCACAUAA